AUGGCCGGCGCAGAAGAAAAGUUUCCGAUCGACCUCAAGCAGUUCAAAAAAUUGAAGCUCGAUCCGUCCAAGCCCCAGCUUUCGGACGAGCAGAGGAAGACCCUCAGGGCGAACAUACAGCUCCUACGCGAUGCCAUCGUCCUCUUCACCGCAACGGGCGCAGCUCGCGGCGUGAGCGGACACACAGGUGGUGCCUACGAUACCGUCCCAGAGCUCUGCAUCCUCCUCGCGCUCUUCGAGCACUCUGACCGCUUCUACCCCGUCGUCUUCGACGAAGCCGGUCACCGCGUCGCGACCCAGUACCUCCUCUCCGCACUCGAGGGCCACAUCCCCGCCGAACACCUCCUCCACUACCGCGCCGCCAACUCAAAGCUUCCGGGUCACCCCGAGCUCGGCCUCACCCCGGGCGUCAAGUUCUCCUCCGGCCGCCUCGGCCACAUCUGGCCCCUCGUCAACGGCGUCGCCCUCGCCCACCGCGACAAGACCGUCUUCUGCCUCGGCUCCGACGGCUCCCAGCAGGAGGGCAACGACGCCGAGGCCGCCCGCCUCGCCGUCGCACAGAACCUGAACAUCAAGCUCCUCAUCGACGACAACGACGUCACCAUCGCGGGCCAUCCCUCCGAGUACCUCAAGGGCUUCGAGCUCCCGAAGACUCUCGAGGGCCACGGCCUCAAGGUCUUCACCGUCCAGGGCGAGGACAUCGACCAGCUCUGGGGUGCCGUCGCCAAGGCCGUCACUCACAACGGCCCUGCAGCCAUCGUCUGCAAGCGCGUGAUGGCCCCCGGUGUCGCGGACAUCGAGGGCAGCCCCCACGGCCACGACGUCAUCCCUGUCAAGGGCGCGCUCAACUACUUCAAGGCGCGCGGCUACCCGGCCGACGUCAUCGAGAACAUCCUGCUCAACAUCAAGCCCACGACCGUGCCGUACUUGUACGUCGGCUCGACGCGCGAGAACGGCGCGAACCGCGUCGUCUUUGGCGAGGCCGUCAACCUCGUGCUCGAUGGCCUCAGCAAAGAGGAGGCCGCGAAGAAGGUCAUGGUCAUUGACAGCGACCUGGAGGGCUCGACGGGGCUCAAGGUCAUCCAUCAGAAGCACCCGGAGGUGUUCAUCCCUUCGGGCAUCAUGGAGCGGGGCAACCUGUCCGCGGCCGCCGGGUUCGGGUUCGACGCGGACAAGUUUGGCGUGUUCUCUACCUUCUCGGCGUUCUUGGAGAUGGUCAUCUCUGAGCUCACCAUGGCGCGCCUGAACAACGUGAACUUGCUCUGCCACUUUUCGCAUUCCGGGGUCGACGAGAUGGCUGACAACACCUGCCACUUCGGCAUCAACUCCUUCUUCGCCGACAACGGGCUCGGGGACGUGCAGUCGUGGCUGUACUUCCCCGCGGACCCGCUGCAGAUGGUCGCGAUCGUCAAGCGCGUCUUCUUCGAGCGCGGGCUACGCUUCGUCUUCUCGACGCGCGCAAAGGUGCCGUGGAUCCUGCGGGAGGACGGCGCGCGGUUCUUCGGGGAGGGGUACGAGUUCGUGCCGGGGAAGGACGAGGUCGUGUUGGAGGGCACGGCGGGAUAUGUUGUGUCGUUUGGGGAUAUGUUGUAUAGGAGCUACGACGCGGUGUUGCGGUGCAGGCAGGAGGGCCUCGAUGUCGGGCUGAUCAACAAACCGACGCUGAAUCUGGUGGACGAGCAGGUCAUCAGGAAGAUCGGCACCAGCCCGUUCGUGCUGGUCGUCGAGUCUUGGAACCAGAAGACCGGGCUCGGCUCCAAGUACGGGACGUGGCUGCUCGAGCGUCAGCUCACGCCCAAGUAUGGCUACAUGGGCACCAACAAAGAAGGCUGCGGCGGCCUUCAGGAGCAGAUACCCCAUCAGGGCUUGGAUCCGCAAUCCAUUAUCUUGAAGAUCAAGACGCUGUCUCAUUAG